CAUAUACAAGCGUCCGCCAUCGCAGUAGAUCUUCCUUCCACCAACUUACAGUCUGUCUAGUGCGAGCAUCCAGACAACUGCCACCCUCAUUGUUCCCAUUGCGCAAUCGCCCAGCCCUCUUGUCCAUCGAUAAGCCAUCGUCUUUUGGGCCAUCCUCAGCCGGCACACGUGGACAAGGACUUAAAGUUGAGCAGAGGGUCGAGUACGUGGGCCGCCUUGUUUCAAGACCAACUGGCACCACACACUCCAUCGUCACUCGCCUGUGCAACCGGCAGCCCUCUGCUCCCCCUCGGAUGUAUUAGAUGCUAAGCCGUGCCGCUCACAAUGGCCCAAUAUUCGCAACAGCAGGGCCGAUCCUCGUCGCAGCAGCGCGAGGCCGCCUAUAACAACAUCUUUGGCCCGCCAGGUGCCGCCCAGCAAGGCCAGGGUCGCUCGCAGACCAUGCUGUCCCAGCCCAUGAGACCGCCUGCCGAACGCGCCGCCACCAUGUCGUCGCAGAUGUCGGAUUACAUGCAACGAGCACCGCCCAUGCGAGCAUACCCUCCUCCGCAAAACGCUCCUCGCCCGACUCCUCCCCAUCAUCAGCAGUCUUACAAUGCCCCUCCUACCCAGAACGGCGACUACCACCAUCCGCAACACCCUCAGCAACACCAGCAGCCACCGCAACAACAGUACUCUUCCUCUCCGUCACCACACCGCCAGCCCCAGCCGCAGUACCUCCCACAACCUCUUCGUCCAGAUCGCCGUCCAUACGCAGCUCCCCAACGUCUCGAUCCGCGUGGUCCGCCGCCCUCGCAGCCUUAUGCUCGCACUUACACUGGCGGGCCUGCCAUGGCGCCAUCUCCAGGCCCUGCUCUCAAUUCCGACAACUACCGCUCUCAAUCCAUGGCCGCAACCUCUCGCCCUAACUUCCCUGCUCAGCAUAGUCAGAGCAGCUACAACAUAGCUCCUGCACACGCCUUCCGUCAGCAGCCAUACAUGAGUAAUCAUCUGGCAAGAACAACCGCACAAGGCAGGGUUGUGCCCGAUCGUCCCACUGACGAACGUACCAUGUCUAUGUCUUCGUACUCACGCGACCAAGAUCACAGUCAGAUUAUGAGUGGUCGUGUCAUACCUCAGCGAAAACGUGGCGACUCGGAAGUGCAGCAGGAUCCAUUCAUCGCGGCUAAGAGUAGAACUCCUAGUCAGGGCAGCAUCCAGUCGCGCUCCAUGUCUAUGGCUUCCACCGUAAUGGCCCCUUCAGAAUACACAGACACCACUGUAGGCGCAGCUCAGUCUCCGCGACCAUCCAUCACCGCUUCCUCCACUAGGUCUAACAGCCAGAUUCAAGGAAACAACGGGCAGAUGAUAGCUCAGAGACGCCCUUCCCUCGUCUACGGUGCUCUUCUUUCCAAAGUCGCCGCCGCCUUUUACGAUAGAAUUCCAAUGGCGGAGAAGGAAAAGGACGGCCUGGUCUACAAGAAUGCCUUUACUGGCCACGAUGCCGUCGAGUUGAUUGCCUACAUCAUCCGUACUUCGGACAGAAACCUUGCACUGCUCCUGGGCAGGUCCCUAGAUGCGCAGAAGUUCUUCCACGAGGUUGCCUAUGCACAUAGGCUGCGUGACUCGCCCAACGAGAUUUACCAGUUCAAGGAAGCCGUGGUCGAAGAGCCAGCCGAGGUGAACGGUGUCUUCACGCUGCUAACCGAGUGUUACUCGCCUACAUGUACCCGCGAUCACCUGUGUUAUUCUAUCGCCUGCCCAAGGCGACUCGAACAGCAACAGCGUCUUAACAUGAAGAUUCAGCCUGGACUCAAAAGAGAGGGUUCGCAAGCCAGUCUACGGGAUGAGCCGGAAGCCGAACAGAGAUUAUGGAUCAACACUGUGUCCAAGGACGUUGCAGACAGUGUUGAUGACGAGGAGAAGAAGCGUCAAGAAGUUCUCGCUGAAAUCAUGUACACUGAACGAGACUUUGUCAAGGAUCUAGAGUACCUGCGUGAUUUCUGGAUCAAGCCUCUUAGAAACCCUAACAUCUCACCAAUCCCGGAACACCGGCGUGAGAAGUUUAUUCGAACCGUUUUCUCGAAUUGUCAGGAGGUUCAUGCUGUCAAUGUCAGACUCGCCAGCGCUCUUACUCGAAGACAGCAGCAGAAUCCUGUUGUACGGAACGUCGGCGACAUCUUUCUGGAAUACGUGCCUCAGUUCACUCCUUUCAUCAAGUACGGUGCCAAUCAAUUGUUUGGAAAGUUCGAGUUCGAGAAGGAGAAAUCUAGCAACCCAGCUUUCGCCAAAUUCGUCGAGGAGACAGAACGUCUGAAGGAGUCGCGAAAACUCGAAUUGAACGGUUACCUAACCAAGCCUACUACUCGUCUCGCCAGAUAUCCCUUACUUCUCGACGGUGCCCUGAAGAAAGCCAAAGAGGACAAUCCGGACAAGGAAGACCUUCCCCGAGCCGUUGUCAUGAUCAAGGCUAUUCUCACAAGGGUCAACGAGGAGUCCGGAAAGGCUGAAAACAUUCAACAGCUUGCGCAACUCAAUCAGAACUUGAAAUGGACUAACGUACCAUACCAAGAUCUCAAGUUGACUGAGGAAGGACGUCAAAUGGUCUUCAAGGGUGGUCUCAAGAAGACGGCAAGUGCAGAAACGAUCGACAUUCAGGCAUAUCUCUUCGACCACGCUGUCCUACUGGUUCGACAAAAAAUGGUCAACAAGCGUGAAGAACAAAAGGUAUACCGCAAGCCGAUUCCGCUAGAACUGCUAGUCAUUACCCAAAUGGAAGAGGUCUUGCCAAGAUUGGGCAUCACGAAAAGACCAUCGUCUAGCAUGAUCCCUGGAGCUCGAACUAUUACCAGCGCUGCGACCAAAAAGGAAGACGGAUAUCCUCUGACCUUUAAGCGACUUGGAAAAGGUGGUUACGAAUUGACUCUGUACUGCUCGACACAAAUUCAGAAGGAGAAGUGGAUGGAGAACAUUCACACCCAACAAGAGAAGCUUCGGGAGCGCAGCAACAUCUUCACCAAGACAAAUAUCAGUCAGGGCUACUUCGCAUCCAACAACCGCGUCAACUGCUGUGUGCCCAUCGACGGGGGCCGUAAAUUGGUCCUCGGAACGGAUAUCGGAGUAUUUGUGGCAGAACGCAAGCCCAAGGACGCCUCACACAAGCCGAAACGCAUGCUGGACUGCAAGCUGGUAUCGCAAAUCGACGUCCUGGAACAACAUCAAAUCCUGUUGGUCCUUGCUGACAAGGUCAUGUACUCAUAUCCCCUGGAUGCUCUGGACCCAGAAGACAAUCAGCCAACUCCCUCUAAGCGUGGGCGUAAGAUCUGCCAUGCCAACUACUUCAAUGCUGGUAUGUGCAAUGGUCAAUUGCUCGUCUGUUGCGUCAAAUCCUCAUCACUGUCGAGUACGGUCAAGGUGUAUGAGCCGAUGGACGCCAUGUCGAAGGGCAAGAAGAAGUCAGGUCUGGCGAAAAUGCUCGCAGGUGGUCAAGAAGUGCUCCGGCCAUUCAAAGAGUUCUACAUACCAAUGGAGUCGAAUAGCAUUCACUUCUUGCGGUCUAAGCUCUGUGUUGGAGGUGCUAAGGGCUUCGAAAUUGUGUCACUCGAGACGCUCGAGACGCAAUCACUUCUCGAUCAAGCCGAUACAUCGCUCGAUUUCGUCGUGCGCCGCGAAAACGUCAAGCCCAUCUACAUUGAGCGUACUCCAUCAGAGUUCUUGCUAUGCUACACGGACUUCUCAUUCUUCGUCAACAAGAACGGUUGGAGAGCGAGAAACGACUGGAAGAUCAUUUGGGAGGGUGCGCCGACGGCAUUUGCUACGUGGGGCGACAAAUACAUCCUGGCAUUCGAGCAGGAGUUCAUCGAGGUGCGGUUGACGGAAACGGGAGGGCUGGUGUGCAUCUUGACAGCAAAGAACAUACGCUUCUUGCACUCGAGCUCGAGAGAGAUCCUCUAUGCGUACGAAGACGAGAUGGGCGAGGAUGUUAUUGCCAGUCUGGACUUCUGGGGUCGACCUCAAUCACCAAGACAAUGAUGAAGAUGAUGUUAUGGGAUGUCGUCAACAUUGCUGUCGUUGUAUUCUGCUUCUUUUUCUCACCUUUUAUCUUCUACUUUUCCGUAUUUGAGACAGAAACUUGUCGGAGCGAAUCGAGUCACAAAAGAACAAAGUGCUUUUUUUCUAUCACCCUUGCUUCGUACCUCGAUUGCUCGAUAGCUCUUGUGACAAAAUUUUACUAUCUCAUCGAUUGUUG